AUGAACCAUAACACUUCUUUAAACAGCUUAGGCUCAAGUGAUUUAGAUAAAUCAAGAACAUUCUCUUCAUUUUCGCAACAGAAAGUUUACGAUGCAUAUUAAUCACUCAAGAAUAAUGAUGGUUUAUAUUGGUAAAUUAUGGAAGGACUUUAAAAUGAAUAAAAAAUUGAAAUAUUUUUAAGAAUAUUGAAAAAAGAAAUUCCAGAAAGUAGAUCUGAAUACCAAUUGUAAUUUUUAUAAUAAUAAUGUAAACAGUUUGAAUUUUUUAAAAAUAUUUCAAAUAAUUACGGAGAUGAUGUGGUAAAAACAUGUGUUAGAUAUUUGAGAUAUGAGGAUCGAGCAGCUGAUUAAAUUGUUUUCGAGUAGGGUGAGAGAGGUACUAGAUUUUACAUUAUUCUUUAAGGAUCUGUUCACAUUUUAAUUCGACUUCCUGAGAAAGGAAAUGUUAAUAAGUUUAAACAAUAAAAAAUUAAUACAAUUCACGCAGGAAAAGCCUUUGGAGAAGUUGCUUUAAUGAAUGAUAAUACUACUAGGACAGCAACAAUAAAGGCAGCAGAGUUCUGCAGAUUUGCAUACCUUGAAAAAGAAGAUUUCAAGAGUAUAAUAGGAAGUAAAGCGGUGGAAUAAAUUAACUAACGUUAUAAUUUUAUAAAAGACUAUAGCUUUUUUGAUGAGUUCGCAUAUAGAGAAAUUAUCACUUUUAGUUAUCAUUUUAACGAAAUGAAUUUCAAAAGAGGAGAAAUUGUUUAUGAUAUUUUUGAUAGCAAGAUAGAUGAUAUUUAUUUUGUAAAAGAAGGUUCUUUUAUGCUCUAAGGAUCUUUCGAUAUAACCUAGCAAAUUGUACCUAAUUUUAAGCAAAAAAGGCAACAUAAAACAUUUAAUAUAGACUUCCUAGUAGAGAAAAGUAUUUUUGGGCUCGAAUAUUUUAAUAAAUAAAUUUUAAAAGAUACCCAUUUCUAUAUUAAAUACAUAGAAGAAAUGAGUAGCUCAGCUCCUUAAUCUCAACAUGGGAAAUUAAAUAUAAGCAAUCUUAAUUAAUAAUAAGUUGAAGGAUAAAACUAAGCUCCAUACUAACCUUCGAGGAUAGCACGAGUUAUUUGUGAUUCUACUAGAGGAACGCUGUAUAGAGUGAAAGGAAGUGAAAUAGAACAAAGAUUAUGGAAAUAAGAUAGUAAAGAAAAAUGGAACUCACUCUCAAAAGUGAUUUUUGAGAAGUAGGUUAAAAAAAUAAAAGAGUUUAUUGAGAAGAGUUUACAAGAAAAGUCUGAUUAAGAAUUACAAAGAGAAUAAGUAAAAUAUUUAAAACCUCCAAUUGAAUAUCUAGGUAAGACAGAAGAAAUAAGGCAAUUUUAUUCAUCAGAAAGUCCAACAUAAAGAAAUUCAUUAGCUAAUGUAUAAAGUAAAAGUCCUAAUAAACAUAUAGAUCAUGCAUAAUCGCCUCUUUUAAAGAAUAGCUCAGGAUCUCUAUUGAAUAAUCAUAUUUCUUUAUUGUUAGAUUUAGACAAGUUCAUGAAGAGUAGUAUUGAUAUAGGACUAGAUAAAUCUCCUUUUUCACAGAGCAUAUAAAAAAUGAGAAAUAUAUAAAAUUCUCCAUCUCUUUCACCCUCUAAAUAUAAAAAUAACAUUCAAAAUUGUAUUAAUUCACUUAGGUGGAUUGAUGGAUCACCUAAAAAAAGUAAAAAUGUUACUAUUUCUGAAUUUGGAGAUUAACAAAACCUUGAAAAAGCUUCUCCUAAAAGAAAUUGUUAUUAAGGCAAUGCUUCAACAACAAAUAGAAACCACUAAAAUAUUAAUAAAAAUUUCACUCUUAGCAUUUUUUAAAUAGAAGAAAGUGGGUCAUCUCAAAUAUUAGAUAAAAAAAUUGAUAAAAGUUCACAUAUUAUUAAAGAAGAAGAUGACUUUUUUAAUAAAAUGUACGGAUCGAGUCUCCUUUUAAACAAAAAGAAUUCUCCGAGGAGAUAACAAAUAAAAAAAACAAAUUCAGCUUAUUCUUUUAAUUCUCAUGAAAAUCUAGAUUCAGCUCAAAGAACAUUAGAAAAUUUAGUUUAUGAUGAUGAAGAUGAAGACAUAAAGAGCAAAAAAGAGAAGAAGAAAAAAAUGAAGCAAUGCAGUCCUCCUAAAAAAAGUCCUGAAAAAGAAGCAUUACAACAAGAGAAAGACUUAAUAAAAAGCGAAAAGAAAUUUAAAAAAGAUUUCAUCAAAAAAUUAGAGAAUAUAUAGAAGAAAGAAAAAAAUAUUUAACUAUAAAAUUAGAAUUCUACUCAAAAAAACUAAACAAAAGACAAUAAAGUAAUAAAAACCGAGAAUCCCUCUGAGACAUUAAAUAAGUUAUUUUACUUUUCCCAUAAACGCAAUUUGAUGGUAAAGAGAUAGGAAGAAGUAAAACAAUUUAAGAAUAAAUUUCUGGGUGAAGAUCCUGAAGAAUCAAACCCCUCAUAAGUUAUAAGAGGUGAUAAUGCAAAGCAGAAUGUAUAAGACUAAGAUCUCUUAUAAGCAACAACACUUGAUGACUACAAGAGAAGAAAGUUUUAGAGAAAAUUGGAAGAAGAAUAAAUAGAUAAAUUUUAGAAAUUAUUUUCGAAUGAUUUGGUUGAAUUAUCAAACAUCAAUGAAGAUUCAGAGUACAACUAAAAAGUUAAAUAAUUGUAUAUAGACAAUAGUAAAGUAGAUAAAAUAAUAUUUGAUUAAACAGCUCACAUAGUAAAAUAGUAGAAUUGUAGCUAUAACUAGGUUAGAGAGUACUUUUAUAAGCUCAAUCAUAAAGAUAGAUUUUUUUAAGACCUUUAUUUAAAAAAAGCAAAAUAAGAAAUUGCUAACAACUUAAAAAAUACCAGUUAAAUGAAUACAGAUUCCAGAUAAAUCAGUGAUAAAAAGAGUACUGAAAUAGAGCUGAGCUAAGCUAGUUAUAUUCUAAGUAAUAGUCGUUAAUCUUAUGCUACCCCUAAAAAGCCUUCUAUUAGUUCUGUAACUCCUAAUAGGAGGAGAACUUUAACACUCAAAGAAAAGAGAGCAAGCUCAAGUUUAAAUGGGUAAUUAAACGGGUUGGUUAACGAAACUAAUGUGAAUAUAAGCAACGACUUAGAUAAUGACAAUUUGAAAUAUCACUCUGAUUAACGUUAAAAUCUAUCUGCAAGUAAUCAAGAAAAUAUUUAUAAUGAAUACAUAGAAAAUAUCAAUUAAGAUGAAGAAGAGGGAAAUAGAAACAAAAAACUCAUCUAAUUAAUUAAAAAUAAUCCAAGUUAUUUGUUUUAUCUUUAGUAGAAAAACUACAGUGAGUGUAAUCGUAUCUUUGAAUAAUUAUUGUCCUACUCUUAAGAAAUGAAUCAAUCUCCUCUAAAAGUUUAAAAAUUAGAUAUGUAAAAUGAAUAAGAGUAUUACUUACUAUAAGCAUUAAAAAUACACUAAGAACUAUAAAAUAAGUAGCUUACUGAAAAUACUAAAUAGGAAACUUAAGCUGAAAAUAUGACUGAUGAAAAUUAUUCUGGUUAAAUUGUUACUUAAAUUUCAUAUAAUUGUAAAACAGAAGGAGAUAAUAAAUACAAUUAUAGAAAUUAAAAUGCAGACGAGAGAUAUAUUGAAUCUUUGAAAUAAACAGAAGGAACACCAAGGCUUUCUUAAAAUCAUUUGUCUCAUUUAAAAUACACUCCAAAGUACAAUAAAAACUAAAAAAAUAAUCGUUUCUCCCCAUUUAACAAUUUUUCAUUUGACGCUGAAAGUUUGACACAGCACACAUUUAAUAAGUCUCAUUCCUAAAUGAAUAAUAAAUCAACUUUGGAAACACAUACCUUGAAAAAGAUAAUAUUGAACCCUAAUGAUUUGUUAUCAAAUUAAAAAACUCAUAGUAGUUCAUUUGUAAUAUAAAAAUCUCCAAACACUCUACCUUAGUAAUUAAGUGUUUAAUUUAAUAAUUCAAUAUUUAAGUAAGAUAUAGAUACCUCUACAAAAAAUACCUUUCUAAGUCAAAAUCAUAGAAAGUAAAUUAUAGAUAAUAAAAUUAAAAAUAGGGAGUUGUUUUUACGUUCAAAAUCUUCCCUUAAAAGAUAUUCAUUUGCAUCAACAAACAACACAGAAUCUAAGCAAAAAAAUAAGCUAUAAGUUUAGUAAUUAGAAGUAAAUUCAAAAUGCCUUACUUAAAUUCCUGGAUGGAGUAUCAGAGCUAAUACAAGUAAUGGAGUAAGAUAAAAAAAUAAAUUUCCGAACAGGCAAAAAGCAAAUCCCAGAUCUCUUUAAAUAGUAUCAUCAGUAAGUCCAAUUAAAUAUAAUACAGAAUAACGAAUUCAAACUUCUAUAAGUUUUUAUUAGUCAACUCCUAAUUAAUAAAAAGAUAAUUUUUUGAAUGGUAACUCUUCAUUCUGCUACAGUCAUGAAAAGAAUAUUUGA